AUGCCUGUGACAGACACUCCCCCCAUCCGGUGACACUGUCACCCGGCUUUUAUUUGUCUUUAAUUUGAAGAACUUUCUCUCCUUCAGUUUGUCAAAAUUUGCAGUGUGUAAGAGAUCGUGAAACCAGAUUCCAACCAAAAACCAAACAUCCAGCCCUGUGCCACCGAAUUUCCAUCCAUAUCGGGAUCAAGAGCAAGGUAACUGGCGGCGAUUGAAUCCAACCACUGUCGCUACAUGUCCCACAACUAGACUUCCUCGUCGACCUCCAUCGCUAGAAUCAUGCCGCUCUUCACGAGAAAAAACAACAACAAGCAAGGACCCACCACGGAUGCUGGCCAGUUUGGCAGUCGCUCCUCCAUGAACUCACAGGGAUCCGGUCAGGGGAAUCACAUCACCAACAAUAACAACAACAACAACGGUGUGCCAGAGAAGACGAAGCCACCUCUGGUCUUCCACUGCCAGCUGGCACACGGCAGUCCCACCGGCCUCAUCCACGACUUCUCCAGCGUCCGUGAGCUGUACCAGAAGAUCGCCGAGUGCUUCGACAUCUCCGAGAAGGACAUCCUCUUCUGCACCCUCAACUCGCACAAGGUGGACAUGACCCGGCUGCUGGGCGGCCAGAUCGGCCUGGACGACUUCAUCUUCGCCCAUCGCAAGGGCCGGCCCAAGGAGAUCGAGAUCAUUAAGUCGCAGGACGCCCUGGGACUGACCAUCACGGACAACGGGGCCGGCUAUGCGUUCAUCAAGCGGAUCAAGGAGGACUCGAUCAUCGACCACAUCGAGCACAUCUGCGUGGGCGAUCACAUCGAGAAGCUGAAUGGCCAGAAUAUGGUGGGCAAGCGCCACUACGAGGUGGCCCGCAUGCUCAAGGACAUUCCAACGGGCGGCACAUUCACCCUCCGUCUGGUGGAGCCGGUCCGAAGCGGCUUCCAGGGCAUCGGACCACGGAGUCAGUCGCGUGCCUCUGGCAGUGGAUCGGCCGGUGGAAGGAACUAUGGUAGCGGCAAGGAGACGCUGCGGUUUAAGGCCAAUGGGAAUGCCCAGAUCGAGCCGCAGUUCGACGAGGCGACCGAAGCCGGGAUCGAGGCCAUCAACAACCUGCUAGAAUCCUUCAUGGGCAUCAACGACACGGAGCUGGCGUCGCAGAUCUGGGAACUGGGCGACAACAAGACCAAUUCGAUGGACUUUGCCGAGGCCAUUGACAACUCGGAUCUGGAGUCGUUCGGCUUUACGGACGACUUCAUUAUCGAACUGUGGGGUGCCAUAACGGAUGCCCGGCGCAAGACAGCGACCAGUCCCAAGUAGUUAUGGGAUACUGAUUCCCAGAGGCUUCCCAUAUAUUCGCGUCGCUUUUGGCCUUUCAAAUUUGAGAGACAAAUAAAAGUUGGGAAUCGAGGAGUUGUUCGUAGUAA